GUUUGUAUCUCUUUAACUUCCACAAACCGACCGAAACAAGAAUAUUUACGCAGAGAGAAGAAUCAGGAAGUAUUUUAGCUUAGAUCUCGGCCUAUCUCCAAUGGUUUCUUCGCUUCAACCUUGUCACCGAUAUUCUACGGUGAAUCAAUCUUUAAACAUAAGACCGAAGGAGAUCAAUGCAUUCUAUAAUGGGAAAGUACGUGAACACGACCACGUAGAGAUCCAGGUAAGGGCGAUAAUAGAGAUGGCGAGCAAGGAGGGUGGAAUAAUGGCGUCAGAGUUAGCGCCGAUGAGAAUGGAAUCACCGUUAGGAUGUUCGGUGAAGAGAUCGGUGAAGAGUUUUUUGGAGCAGAGGAAGCAAAGAUGCAAAACUUUUGCACCUUACAGUUACACCUCCACGUCUUCCUCUUCUUCGCAUAAUUUUUAAACUCGAUUAUUUAGUUUACAUUUUCAAUCUUUUAUUUUGUUUCCAGUUAUCUACUAAAAGUCUAAAAGUCUAAAACAAAACAAAAAACUUUUUAAAUAUUGGUUACGAGAAAUCUAGCUUGUAUUUUCCCCCUGGAAGUGGUAUUUCUCUCGCUUUCUUUUA